AUGAAGCAUACACUUGCCAUUGUUUCAGCACUGAGCGUUUUGGUAGUCGCGCACACAUCGCUGGCCAGCUUCACCGGCCCUACUACCCUAAUAAACAAAGGCCAGCAGUGCGGUGCGGGCGUGGGAUUAUUCUGCGCGCCAGGAUUGUGUUGUUCAGAAGGAGGAUGGUGCGGAACAAGCCAUGCACACUGUGGUGGCUCUCAGUGCCAACUGGAUUACUGCGACUCCUGCGAUACAUUCAAAGGGCCGUCCGGGCCAUCGACUGGCGAUAUUCGCCGCGAGAAAAUUGGCGCCGUUCCAUACGGCACAAUCAUCACGAGUUGCAAAACCCCCGGCACAAUGGCUCUCACGUUUGACGACGGCCCGGACGUGUACACCUCCCAGCUUCUCGACAUUUUGAAAUCAUACAACGUCACGGCCACCUUCUUCAUUGCCGGAAACAACCGGGACAAGGGCCCAAUGGACGACCCGGCGCGCCCGUGGGCCGGUGUGCUUCGACGCAUGCACAAUGAAGGCCACCAGCUGGCGAGCCACACUUGGACGCACCGCAACUUGAACAAGGUCAACAGGACCAUCCAGUACUCUGAAAUCGUGUACAAUGAAAUGGCCUUUUGCAACAUCUUUGGCUGGUUCCCCACUUACAUGAGACCGCCGUAUCUAGAGUGCAACGCGGAGAGUGGCUGCAGGGACACCCUCCGGACGCUGGGCUACCAUAUUGUCAACAGCAACAUGGACACCAAGGAUUACCUCCAUAACUCGCCUGAGAAUAUCCGUCUCUCCAAGGAACGCUUCGAAAAGGCUGUAUCUCGGGAUGCUUCCCGCAACAGCUACAUCACGCUGGCCCACGACGUGCACCACCAGACGGUCGUGACGCUCACCGGCUACAUGAUUGAGCUUUCGCGAGAGCGCGGCUACAAGCUCACCACCGUGGGCGAGUGUCUGGACGAUACCCGCAGAAACUGGUACCGAACCACGCCCAACGCCCCCCCCGAGACAGCGGCAGUUUGCCUGGGCACUGUGGCGCCCGGAUGUCAAAGGAAACUUUGGUCGCUGUAA